AUAAAUUCAUUCAUUCAUUUUCGUGUCGGAGGAAGAUGAUCGCGGUGGUCUUGCCGAUUUUUUGGUGAAUUUAUUUGUAAAGUUAUCGUGAAGUGUGUGAUAGUGGCCCGGGGAGCCGUUUAAAUACUUAAGGAGUGUUCGCAAGCAGCAGCCAUGUUCAGCUGGUUGAAAAAGGAGGGCGAGAAGACGGAGAGCAUCGACAAUGUGGUGGAGGGGCUGAAGCGCAUCUACAAGCAGAAGCUGCUGCCGCUGGAGCAGCACUACCAGUUCCACGACUUCCACUCGCCGCAGCUGGAGGAGCCGGACUUCGACGCCAAGCCCAUGAUCCUGCUGGUGGGCCAGUACUCCACCGGCAAGACCACGUUCAUCAAGUACCUCCUGGAGCGGGACUUCCCCGGCAUCCGCAUCGGGCCGGAGCCCACCACGGACCGCUUCAUCGCCGUCAUGUUCGACGAGAAGGAGGGCGUGAUCCCCGGCAACGCGCUCGUCGUGGACCCCAAGAAGCAGUUCCGGCCGCUGAGCAAGUUCGGCAACGCCUUCCUCAACCGCUUCCAGUGCAGCACCGUGGCGUCGCCCGUGCUGCGCGGCAUCAGCAUCGUGGACACGCCCGGCAUCCUGUCCGGCGAGAAGCAGCGCGUGGACCGCGGCUACGACUUCACGGGCGUGCUGGAGUGGUUCGCGGAGCGCGUGGACCGCAUCAUCCUGCUGUUCGACGCGCACAAGCUCGACAUCUCCGACGAGUUCCGCCGCAGCAUCGAGGCCCUCCGCGGCCACGACGACAAGAUCCGCAUCGUGCUCAACAAGGCCGACAUGAUCGACCACCAGCAGCUCAUGCGCGUAUACGGCGCCCUCAUGUGGUCGCUCGGGAAAGUGCUACAGACUCCUGAAGUAGCUCGGGUGUACAUAGGCUCCUUCUGGGACCAACCCCUCCGGUACGACGUCAACAGAAGACUGUUUGAGGACGAGGAGCAGGAUCUCUUCCGGGACAUGCAGUCGCUACCUAGAAAUGCAGCUCUGAGGAAACUAAAUGACUUAAUCAAAAGAGCGAGACUAGCAAAGGUGCAUGCACACAUAAUUAGUGAGCUUAGAAAAGAAAUGCCCUCAAUGUUCGGCAAGGACGGUAAAAAGAAGGAAUUGAUAAAGAACUUGGGUCAAGUGUACGAUAGGAUACAACGAGAGCAACAGAUUUCCCCAGGAGACUUCCCGGACAUCAAGAAAAUGCAAGAGUCGCUGGCCAACCAUGACUUCACAAAGUUCCACCCGCUGAAGCCCAAGCUGCUGGAGGUGGUGGACCACAUGCUGGCCACGGACAUCGCGCGCCUCAUGGACAUGAUCCCGCAGGAAGACAUCAACGUCGUCGCCGAGCCACUCAUCAAGGGUGUAGGUUCCAACACUGUGGACUUCGGCUACCGUGAAUAUUGUAACCCAAAUGGAUCAGCAAUUCGCGGUGCGUUCGAGGGCGUGGAGGACCAGGUGUCGCCGUUCGGCUACGGGCGCGGCGAGGGCGUGGACGCGGGCCACGGCGACCCCGACUGGAUCUGCAGCAAGGAGAAGCCGCGCUACGACCAGCUGUUCCAGUCGCUCAACCCCAUCGACGGCAAGGUCACCGGCGCCGCGGCCAAGACGGAGAUGGUGAAGUCGAAGCUGCCGAACUCGGUGCUCGGCAAGAUCUGGAAGCUGUCGGACAUCGACAAGGACGGGUUCCUGGACGACGAGGAGUUCGCGCUGGCGAUGCACCUGAUGCAGGUCAAGAUCGACGGCCACGACCUGCCCGCCGAGCUGCCGCCGCACCUCGUGCCGCCCAGUAAACGGAACUAGGGGGUUCUAAAGAAAUGGGACGAGAGCUGCCAUGUAAUCGGUGCGCUUGAUAAAAUGAGAUAGGGUCGUGGUUAGCGCAGCGCUUCGAAUUGUAGGAAAAACAAAACAGCUGCGUUAAGCAUGACUCUGUGUAGUCGGAUUAUCCGUACCUGUUGCGUGACAAUUCUCGUUCGUUGGUUACAAAACUUCCACCCAGGAGCGAAGGAUAGCUUUUUGUACGACUAGUAACUGGCAAAAACGAAAUUAAUUUACCUUACCGACAGUGCCUAUACAUAAAACACUGCAAAGAGUUUUUUUCUUAGUCUUUUAUGUAUAUCUACUUAUACAAAAGUCGCCGCUAGAGGCGCCACUUGGUAUGAGAGUUAAGGUAAAUUAUUUUUGUUUUUGGAAACUAUGAAAAUCUGUACUAAAGGUACUGUCGGCUAAUAGUUUAGUCGGGUUGAACCGAAGGCCGAUGAAACAGUACUGAAUAGUUACAUAAUAUUAUAGCGCACCUACUUGCAUACAUAUUUAUACUUAUUGGUAGCCCGACUGAAUGAUCGACCGGUAGUACCUAAGUCGGUUAUAAUGAUGGUGGAAAUAUUUCAUGUAUUCUUGUCGGGAUGGAUUUGAUGCGUACAUUAUUUAUUUAUUUAUACUUAUGAAAAUUUAUUGGCUAUUUCCACAUCGCAGAACCAUUUGUUUCACAUCGUAUCGUAAUGAAGAAAUAGUUUUAUAUUACAAAGGAGGCUAUAUGCUAUGCACUGGGCACUGACUGAAUUCCAAAUUUUUCAUCAUUUUGGCAGUGGGAAAAUUCCUUAAAUUAACAGUACGUAGGCAUUUACCUAUAUGCGAUAUAUUUUACAAAAUGAAUGAAUCUAUAGCAGGCUGUGACUGCAGACGACACCGUGGCUUCACAAGUGGUUCCGCACGAAUAUUUCAGGCCUACAAUAGCUUUACUAAAUAUUUUAUUAGAAAUUAGUUGAGAAUUGCAUAAUAUUUGUUCCACGAGUGUAGGUACACACCUAUAUUUAUUGUUUGAGGGAUGUAUUUAUUAGUUCUAAAGAUUGUUUCAAAAGUAAUUGGUAAGCUGCAUCUAUAAUAAUGUAUUAUAUCUAGGUCCUUACCUACUUAAUUAACUUAUUUUGGUGUUAUAUUUUCUGGUGCUCUAAAAUAAAUCUUUUUAUUUUAUUUGGAAUUGAGAUCAAAAUUUCAAAGUAUCAAAAUUUUAUGUGAUUAUAAUCUAGCUGGACUGUUUUAUUAAUUUACUAAUUCUUACUUUUCAAAACAUAAGUUUGUUCCUAUUAGAGAAUCUAGUACAUUUGUAACAAACGCAUUUUAUACAAAUAAUAUCAUGGAACAUAGAAUUGACUGUGUUGGCUUUUUAAAUUUUUAGAUUUCGUACUUAGCUAUUUAUUUAUCGAAAUUUACUAUUAAAAAUAUGAUUGUUGCAUGAAGAUGAAUUAUUUAUACCUACUAUAAAAAAAAGAGUACAUCAUAUGUAAUGUACUAUUACAUAGGUAACUACAUACACAAGCUUUUCGGCUUUUUGCAUUUAUAAAAAUAUCAAGCAGUGCCUUUGUUGGGAGCUGUACUUUCGCAGCAGCUACAUAACGAUAUGUAAACAUGUUAGAUUUCUAUAUUUAUAUUCCAAUGGCAAGUUAUCAAACCUUUAUAAUAAAACCACACAUGAAUGUUCUUAUCUUGUGAUGAAAGAGUUUUUGUAAAUACAGAUUUUUAUAUGCUUAGAUUUUGGAUUGGAUUUAUAUCCCUGUUCCGUAGCUGGCGGCAGGCGAUUGUUGGAAGUUUUUACAUUUGCUACUGUGUGUACAUAAAGAAAUGUAAAUGUAAUGAUAUAAUAAAUUAUACAUAGAGUGUAAUAAAUAGUUAAGAAUGCA